UAUUUGCUCAUAGUUUAACUCCUUCACAUACGUGAUUAUUUAUAAUCAUGUAUGUAUUAGUGACUAGUCAUAGUCUAGACAAAUGUUAUUAUUUAGUAUUGAGUCACCAUUUGAAGGCAAUAAAUAUAAUUCGCUUAUAGUCAAUUUACAGCUUAUUUCCAUAAAUUACUUUCUAGCUAAUCAUAAAUUAGUAAUAUAUACUUACUACGUAAUACCAUACAUAAUAGUAUGCUACUAUGCUUAUCUCCCUUUGUCUUUCCUAAUUUUUGCAGUUAAUAAUUCCGUGGGAAGUGACAUCCGCUUGUAUACAGGAAAAUCUCGUUAAUUAAUAACUCAAGAAAAUAAGGAUGAUGAUGAAAUGUAAUUAACAACAUAGAUUGAUAAGAUUAUAAUAUUAAAGUUUGAAAGUAAGAGUCUAAUACCAUGGCUGAAGACUUACCCAAUCUAAAACUAGUGAUAUUGGGUGAAUCAUCAGUGGGGAAGACUGCAUUGGUUCAUAGAUUUAUAACCAAUAAAUUCGAUAGUCAAACCACAAAUACCAUUGGGGCUGCCUUUAUCACCAAAACUUACCAUUCACAAAAGGAUCCUCAAAGACGACUAAAAUUGGAGAUAUGGGAUACUGCUGGUCAGGAAAGAUAUCGCUCAUUGACUCCUAUGUACUAUAGAAACGCUAAAGUUGCCUUGGUUUGUUUUGAUUUAAGUAAUUUUGACGAUACUUUUAAAACGGCAAAAUUUUGGAUUGAUCAAUUACAAUUGAAUAGUUCAAGUAAUGCGGAAGAUGUAAUAAACAUACGGUUGAUUGGUAAUAAAUUCGAUUUAAUAGAAUCUUCUACAGAAGUUGAUACAGUUGAAAUUCAAAAGAAAAUAGAUGAAUUCAUAAUAUCUUUCAAUACGCAUAAUAAUACAAAUAUUCGUUAUAAUCAUACAAGUGCAAAGACUGGUUCUGGUAUCCAAGAGUUAUUUGAUGAAAUCAUAGAUGAUAUAGAGGAUGAUUUCUUUACAGAAUUUCAAAAUAGAACUACUAGUACUACAGAAGGUCAAAUUGGAUCCAUUCUUGAUGCUAGAAUGAAUGGUGCUCCAUCUUCAACUUGUUGUUAAGUAUCUAUCCUUAAAGUGUUUUACUAGCUCAAUGUUAUCUAUAUCGUAUAACAGGAGGCUGAAUUCAAUUUCAGUGAAUGGCAUAGGGAUUAUAUUGAAGCUUCCGUUGUAUUCAAUCAAUUUGUUACGGUACGAUAAACAUUUUAUCGAAAGCUGGUCGAUAUGCCAAUUCCAUUCUAUGUGAAUGUAUUUCCAACAACCGUAUGCCUUGUGGU